AAAUCGGUGAUUGUACAAAAUUCUCCAUUAAAUGCCGUUUAGACGAAUGCUAAGAUUCGAAGAGUGCAAUUUCUUUCGUUUUAACGGAUUGGAAUGGGAAUAAUCGAUCAGUAAACGGUAAAUUGCGAUCACGUUUGCUCGUCGACCGUGCGGCUCAGUGUACACGGUCGCUAGCAGCUCAUAGGACACGCCAGCGACUAUAAUUGAGAUUUUAUCGGGCCGUUAAACGCUGCGAAGUUCCUGUGCAACACGUGCCAAAGUUUGCACACUGGCCAUAGGCCGCAAGAGUUGUCGCGCCUCGAUGCUUCUUUAAACGAUCCACCCGAAAAUUCUCCCUUGCCUGUUUUGCAAUCGAUCUUUCUAAAAAAUUAUCCUUGUUGCAGAUUAGUGGACGCGAGAGAUUAGUUCCACGGCGAGAUACGCGAUGAAUGCCACGCCAGGAUUCCCCAGGCAACGGCGAAAGAUCGAAAGAAGAAGAUGAACGGGAUGGAGCAGAUCCCUGAAGGUUGAGAGCGAGCGGAUCCUCGAUAUGACCGGCUGCAGAAUGCGGCCGACUGCAUCGGCGCUCGGCGUCAUCGCCAUUGUCUCCAUCAUGAUCACUGCCACAUCGUCAGAAGCGGGCAACGUCGAGCCCAGCAUCAACCACCCUGGAGUGGACGAGGAGGAGCAACGCGUCCAAGAGGACGAGGCGAAUCAAACGAUCGCCGAUGACCUGGUCACGCGCUACGAGUCCAUCGAGGACGAGGUUCCUCCUCCGACUGGCUCCAAAGCUACCCAGUCGCUGCCAGAGAAAUCGGUGAACGUCUCGCGAUCGUUCGAGGGGGAGAGCAUCGUGGAGUCACUGCAGAGGGAUCAAAGCGAUCUGGCGUCGGUGAACGAUGUCCACGAGGUGGAUCCGUUGGGUUCGUCUGAGCGUGAGAGUGGCGGGAGGAGCGGGGGCAAGGAUUUCGUCGCGUCGACCCGGCCGAGUCGAGUGGAAAUGGCGUCGAGUGUCGGUUCCUCGAGGGUCGUGGACCGGUUGGACGGUGUCCAGGCGGAGGACGAGGGUCUGUCGAACGUUGUGGACGGUUCUAACGUGGACAAAUGGCGGAGAGGGUUCACGACCGUGUCCAUCCCCGGGACGGAGACCGUCUCCACGGAAGGGCCGAUCGAGAGGAAGAAGGUGGAGGACAUCAGGGCGAUCUCGUUCCAAGUGCCUGCGAUUGUCGAGGAGGAGGUGGAGGACGCGGAGGGCAAGGAACAGCCGAGGAAGGAUCAUUCGAGGCCGGUGAACAAUGUGCUGUUGACCGGCGGCAAGUCGACGAAGGCGUUCUACGAGAUCAAACCGUCGAUCAAGACCGAGAUGGAGGGGGGUGGUGAUCAGCAGGCGAGUCCAAUGAUCGGCACCCAAAGGCCAUUGGCUGGGAGGAAGUUCGUGUUGCCAAGCGUGGACAGCGCGUUCGGCAAAUUUGGCCCCUAUUUCGAGGAUGGGGAUCAGGAGAUAAAUAUCACUGCCAGGAUAGGGAGCACUAUGCUGUUGGAUUGCAAGAUCGGCAUGCUUGGUAACAAGGAGGUGACGUGGGUGCAGCAGCCUAGCAAAGACUUGUUUCGACUGCUCACCGUCGGCAUGGUACCGUACAGCGUGGAUCAGAGGAUCAGCCUCAACUUCCGGUAUCCAAGCAAUUGGAGAUUACAGAUCCAAUACGCGAACCCGCGGGAUUCCGGUUUAUACAAGUGCCAAGUCUCGACGCAUCCGCCGUUGGUUAAAACGAUUAACGUCAUCGUCACAGCGCCGGAAUUGACAAUAACGGACGAUUCCGGUCGAGCGGUGUCGAAGGAGAGGCAUCUAAAGGCAGGGAGCGCACUGAAGCUUAGAUGCGAAGCCAGGGACGUGAUCGAGUCCCUGAAGGAAUCUGUCAUUUGGACCAGAGGGGAUGAAACGCUUGGCGAGGACGUUAGUGAAAACAGGACGACGGAGAUUUUGGCCGGUAAGGAAGUCCUCGUGAUCGUCAGCACCCUGAUCGUGGAGAGGGCCAGCCCGAAACACGCCGGAAACUACAGCUGCGUGGUAAGAGGGCCCACAGCUCCGGAAAAGGCUAAAACGACCAUCGCGGUACACGUGCUCAAUGCGCCGGAAUUAACAAUAAUUGAUGGGAAGAAGAAAAAGAUAUCGCGGCUUGAUAUCUCCAGUUUCGUUUCUGGAAGUAGAAAAGAGGAUUCGCAGCGUAAACAACGUUUAACAGCCGUGAUUCAUCAGUUUAAUCCAAUUCAGGCAGAUUUAAAAGUUUUCCUCGGGGAGGACGGUAUUCUUUUUCGAACAGUUUGGAAAAGGCCACGCAGAGGUUUCGCCACGAAGAGUGCAAUUCUAAAUCAAAGUUUGAGUUUCCGAAUUCCGGACGACAAGACGGGAAGGACGCUGGAAGAAAAGUUUGCCAAGUAA